AUGACUGGUGCACGUGAAGACGACCGACAGUACUUCAAAAAACAAACGAAUAGACAAGAUUAUUAUUAUAAUAGAAAGAAUUCUUUUGGGACGAUUACUCCAUAUUCAACGGUUCCAUUAAAUUCCUCAACGAUUGCUUCCAGUCACAACUCAAUUACAGCUUUACCUAGCUUGAAACCAGCUCUUGAACAUACUCCUGUUAAUAACUUUAAUGCUCGAGAAGUUUCGGAUUUUUUGAAUAACAAAAAACCUGAAUUGUAUAAAUCGACAGAAAGGGCUUGGGGAUCUAGAAAUGGCCUUGUGUGGGGACAAAAAGGACAUUUAAUGGCAAAUGGAAAUGACUUCUUUGAUGAAUUGAGAAAAUCAUCGUUUUCUCAAGUAUCGAAUGGUCAACCAUCGAUAUCCAAGCAAAUCGAACGAUCAUAA